GGGCAGGGCGGGGCGGCAGCGGCGGCAGCGGCGGCUUCCAGCGACUUCGGCGGGCGGUCACUGCUGGGUGUUUGAAGAACUGUGAUGCCUGACGGAGACACGCUUCCACAUCAGCAGUGAAAUCUCAUCCAGCUUUAGGGACAGCAGUCCAUCCUCAUCAGAGCCCCCUCAGCAUGCCCAGGCAGCCCAAACACUCCCUGGACCCUCCCUGUGCUGCUCUUGCCUUGGGCUCUCCAUUGGGAGAAAUCCUCAAGGAUCGUUUUGUCCCACUCUGAGCAGCCCGUGGGUCACGGAUGCUGCAGCCCCUUGGAAAGGCAUCAGGGAGGUGACACACGGGAGCCCGGAGAGGUGACACACAGGACCCAGAGAGGUGACACACGGGACCCAGGAGAGGUGACAGUGGGAGCCAGGAGUGACGAGCAGUGAGUGGGGCACUGGUGACUGCAAGGACCCUGUUGAUGCCCAGGACAUUGCUGCACCCUGCUGGAGUGAUGCCAGCUGCUGCUUAACACCCAGGAGGAAGGGAUGGGGAGUCCCCCUCCUUGAGCACCCCAUUGUCCCCUCCCGUGCUGGCUCCCCUGGUCCCCGGGAGCCUGCAGUGAUGUGAGCUGUGCUCAGCACACCCCCAGCCCCGUUGGGACCCUCCCCCAGCCAGCCCAGCCAUGAUGUGCGAGGUGAUGCCCACCAUCAGCGAGGGGGACCCGCUGGGCCCCCCCCAGGGCUCGGAGGCGGACGCUGACUUCGAGCAGCUGAUGGUGAACAUGCUGGACGAGAGGGACAAGCUGCUGGACACCCUGCGGGAGACGCGUGAGACGCUCGCCGUCACCCAGAGCCGCCUGCAGGAGACGCUCCGGGAGCGGGACCAGCUCCAGAGGCAGCUGAACUCGGCACUGCCACAGGAGUUUGCAACGCUGACGCGGGAGCUCAGCGCCUGCCGGGAGCAGCUCCUAGAGCGGGAGGAGGAGAUCUCAGAGCUGAAAGCCGAGCGCAACAACACCCGGCUCCUGCUGGAGCACCUGGAGUGCCUGGUGUCACGGCAUGAGCGCUCCCUCAGGAUGACCGUGGUCAAGCGCCAGGCCCAGUCACCAUCCGGGGUGUCCAGUGAGGUCGAGGUGCUCAAGGCACUCAAGUCACUCUUUGAGCAUCACAAGGCACUGGAUGAAAAGGUGAGGGAACGCCUGCGAGCAGCCUUGGAGCGAGUGGCCACCCUGGAGGAGCAGCUCGUGGAUGCCCAUCGGCAGGUGGCAGCUCUGCAGCAGGGCUCCACCCGGGAGCCAGUGGUGGGCGAGCGCGAGGACAGGGAGCCCAAGGAGCCAAAGCUUCCCUGGAAGCGUCUCUCCAAUGGCUCCGUCCACCCGGAUGACGAGGCUGGGCGGGUGGUGGAGCUGCAGGAGCUCCUUGAGAAGCAGAAUUUUGAAGUGGUCCAGGCCAAGGAGCGAAUCUCUGCCUUGGCUGCCAGCGUGGCUGAGCUGGAGGAGGAUCUGGGCACUGCCAGGAAGGAUUUGAUCAAAUCUGAGGAGAUGAGCAGCAAGUACCAGAGAGACCUCCGAGAGGCCCUGGCACAGAAGGAGGACAUGGAGGAGAGGAUCACCACACUGGAGAAACGGUACCUGGCAGCCCAGCGAGAGGCCACCUCCAUCCAUGACCUCAAUGACAAACUGGAAAAUGAGCUGGCCAACAAGGAGUCCCUGCACCGCCAGUGUGAGGAGAAGGCACGGCACCUGCAGGAGCUGCUGGAGCUGGCGGAGCAGAAGCUGCAGCAGACAAUGAGAAAGGCAGAGACGCUGCCCGAGGUGGAAGCGGAGCUGGCCCAGCGCAUUGCUGCGCUCACCAAGGCAGAAGAGAGGCACGGGAGCAUCGAGGAGCACCUCCGGCAGCUGGAGACUCAGCUGGAGGAGAAGAACCAGGAGCUGGCCAGGGCCCGCCAGCGGGAGAAGAUGAAUGAGGAGCACAACAAGCGGCUCUCGGACACUGUGGAUCGGCUGCUGAGCGAGUCCAAUGAGCGGCUGCAGCUGCACCUCAAGGAGAGGAUGGCAGCCUUGGAGGAGAAGAAUACAUUGUUACAAGAGCUGGAAAAUACCCAAAAGCAGAUAGAGGAACACCAGCAUGACAAGCGGCGUUUGUCCGAUGAGAUCGACAAGCUGAGGCUGGAGGUGGAUCAGCUCAAGACCAGGAGUGGGACGUUUGUGGAGAGUGUGCACACCAGGUCCCACAUGGGGAGUGCCACCGACCUGCGCUUCCCGCUGGGAACUGUGGUCCACGCCCCAGCCGAGCCCUUCGGAGCAGCUCCAGGGCUGCCCCGGGCACAGAAAGGACGAUUCGGUGCCCGGAGAGAGGAGCCAGCCAAGGACUGGGAGCAGGCCCAGGCAGGUGGGGUCCUGGCCACAGGGCCUCACGCCUUUGACAGCGACCCCGAUAUCUCUGACAUGGACGAGGACGACCGCGAGACGCUGUUCAGCUCCAUGGAUGUGCUCUCUCCUGGUGGGCACUCAGAUGCCCAGACGUUGGCCAUGAUGCUUCAGGAGCAGCUGGAUGCCAUCAAUGAAGAGAUCAGGAUGAUCCAGGAGGAGAAGGAGUCCACAGAGCUCCGUGCAGAGGAGCUGGAGACGCGGGUCACGAGCGGCAGCAUGGAGGGCCUGAACCUCACCCAGCUGUGCAAGAGGGCCUCCAUCCCCACUUCGCUGACAGCCCUGUCCCUGGCCAGCUCAUCCCCGCCACUCAGCGGCCGCUCCACGCCCAAGCUCAGCUCCCGCAGCGCGGCGCAGGACCUGGACCGCAUGGGGAUCAUGACGCUGCCCAGCGACUUGAGGAAGCACCGGAGGAAACUGCUAUCGCCCGCAGGUCGGGAUGAGAGCCGGGAGGACAAAACCACCAUCAAGUGUGAGACAUCCCCGCCAUCGUCACCCCGGACACUGCGGCUGGAGAAGCUGGGCCACCCUGCCCUGAGUCAGGAGGAAGGCAAGAGCUCACUGGAGGACCAGGCCAGCAAUCCCAGCAGCAGCCAGGACUCCUUGCACAAGGGCUCCAAGAGGAAGGGCAUCAAAUCCUCCAUCGGGCGCCUGUUUGGGAAGAAAGAGAAGGGUCGCUUGAUCCAGCUGAGCAGAGAAGGGGCCACGGGGCAGGUGGUGCUGACUGACGUGGAGGGGGGCAUCCAGGACCCCCUGGGACUGGGCAAGCUGGGGGCUCAGGCUGAGAAGGAUCGACGCUUGCGGAAGAAGCACGAGCUCCUGGAGGUGCGUGCCCAUGGAUUGUCCCCAUGCUGUCCCCACAGGCACAGAACUGAUCUUAGAGGGCUUUUCCAACCUUUAUGGUUCUAUGAGAAGCUCCGUGGGUGCUCCUUCCUUGUGCUGUCAUCAGGCAGGGGGAGCUGGGCUGCCCACAGGCCACCUGUGCCAGCUACAACCAGACCCAGAUUCCCAUGUGGACAUUCAGUUUUGAUAUUGGGCUCUAGAGAGGGCAGCCUUGCCCCUGGCACGGGAGCCAGGGUGGCAGUGCCAGGCAGUCACUGCUGUCCCUGUCCCCAGCUCUGGGUGGGGAUGCCAGCCUGGUACGUGGCCGCAUGCCGGGCCAACGUCAAGAGCGGGGCCAUCAUGUCAGCGCUGUCGGACACGGAGAUCCAGCGGGAGAUCGGCAUCAGCAACGCCCUGCACCGCCUCAAGCUGCGCCUGGCCAUCCAGGAGAUGGUGUCCCUCACCAGCCCCUCGGCACCGCCCACCUCCCGCACGUCCUCUGGAAAUGUCUGGGUCACCCAUGAGGAGAUGGAGAACAUGGCAACUUCCACCAAGACGGACACAGAGGAAGGCAGCUGGGCACAGACAUUGGCCUAUGGGGACAUGAACCACGAGUGGAUUGGGAACGAGUGGCUGCCCAGCCUGGGUCUCCCCCAGUACCGCAGCUACUUCAUGGAGUGCCUGGUGGACGCGCGGAUGCUGGACCACCUCACCAAGAAGGACCUGCGGGUGCACCUCAAGAUGGUGGACAGCUUCCACCGCACCAGCCUCCAGUAUGGCAUCAUGUGCCUCAAGAGGCUCAACUACGACCGCAAAGAGCUCGAGAGGAGGCGAGAGGAGACCCAACAUGAAAUCAAAGAUGUGUUGGUGUGGACCAAUGACCAGGUCAUUCACUGGAUCCAGUCCAUCGGGCUGCGCGAGUAUGGGAACAACCUGGUGGAGAGUGGCGUGCACGGGGCCCUGCUGGCCCUAGACGAGAACUUUGACCACAACAGCCUCGCCCUUGUGCUGCAGAUCCCCACCCAGAACACCCAGGCUCGACAAGUGCUGGAGAGGGAGUUCAACAACCUGCUCGCCUUGGGUACAGACCGGAGGCUGGAUGAUGGCGAUGACAAAACCUUCCGUCGGACACCGUCCUGGCGCAAGCGCUUCCGCCCACGGGACGUGCACAGCAUCAACCUCCUCAGCGGCUCUGCUGAGACCCUCCCCGCCGGCUUCCGUGUCACCAGCCUCGUACCACUGCCCCCUCCAGCUGCUCCAGCCAAGAAAAUGCCCCCGGAAGUUGGUGCCUCUGGGUCCCCAAGGCUGGAGACCUCGACGGUCCGGACGUACUCGUGCUGAGGGUCAGCGAGAUGGGAGCCAGGCCCUGGCAAAUCCCCGUGUCCGUAUGCCGCGUGCUGGCUGCCUUCCAGGACGAGAGCCCAGCCUGUGCCUGUUCCUCAGCCCAGACCCACAGACUCUCACUGCUGUGGACCAACAGGAUCUGUCCCUCCUGCUCGUGCACCCCCUGCUUCCCCCGGCUCCCGUGGCUCCCGCCGUGGCCUGGCUCUCCCCAUGCUGGCUGGGCCAAGGAUUUGCUCCAGGUGCUGUCCUGGCGUGGUGCAAUCUGGGGAGCAGCACAGACACCCCCAAAGUGUCUGCCAUGUCUGGAAGCCUCUCUCCUGCCUGGUUCAUGUUGCCAAUCUGCCACGGGGCUGGACUGAGUCGCCUGAGCCCUGGGCAUCAGGGAUGCUGCUGCCCACAGGACUUGAAGCCAAGGAAGAUUCAGGCUCGUGAAAAUCCUCCCUCCAGGGUGGCUGGGCAAGGAGUUGCCCUCGGGGCCGCUGGGGCAGCGGCAGGGCUGGUGCUGGGUGGGACAAAGCGGGCCCAGCGUGAGCUGAGGAGAGCGGUGACUGCCCAGGGCUGGGCGAGCAAGGUGCUGAUUUUGGUGCUGUCAGGUGCCCUGUUUGGGGGGGCUGUGCCUGGGACCGCCCCACAUGGCUCACAGGGACAGUGCCUGGCACCCAUGGGAGAGGGGACCCUCCUUGGGUGCCCAGGGAGACAACGGGAGCCCUCCCUGCCCCCGGGACGUGCCACCCUUCCCCUCUGGGUGCAGAGGAGAUGCUCUCCCCUCCUGCCUCCUGGCAGGGGUUAAUCCAGGAGGCUCUUAACUCUUCCCAUUUCUUCCCCGUAGGGUAGGAUCUCUUCGUCUCCUCAUGCCACGUUUGCCUUGUGUGGCCCCUAUUUCUGAUGUGAUAUUUAUUGAUGGCUGGAAUGACCUUAUACUUAUCAUGUGCUGUCUGGAAGUGCAAUAUCUGAGAGACUCUACAGUCACAACGUCUUUUUGGUGUAUCAUUUGCCUAAUACAGUAUUAAAUAUUUUUUUAAUUUGAAGAGUCAGUGAGCCCUUUAUAUCGAUGCCCUAUUUCUUUCGUCAUAUUAUUGGUACUGCAUGGACUCCAAACCCUGGAUCAGGUCAGGAAAGGAUGUAUGUGUGCUCCAAUAAACAGGAUUUUAAAACA